AUGGCCGCCGCGAAGCGACCGAGUAAGCGCGCGUCGUCGAAGAGCGCGCCCAAGCGCUCGACGAGAUCGACGCCGCGGGGGUUCACCCUGCCCUCCAUUCCCAUCGUGAAUCCGUUGAGCGUUUUGUCGAAGAUCGACGUCGUGGGCGGGGCGACGGGGACGUUAACGUCUUUGCAGUCCGUUCGCGGCGUCAAGCAAGUGUUGGAGCGAAUCGGCAUGUAUGGAGCCGCGACGGUUGUCGCGUUCUCGGUCGUCUCGCAGGCGCACUUCGGCGGCGCCGGGAACGGUAACAUGAAUAAGGCGCUCGGUUUGACCGGGAAGACGACCGGUGUCCUCGCUGUCGUGAGCGAUGCGUACUUCGGGAACCCGCUCUGGGCGUACCUGCAAACCAUGUGCGGCGUCAUGGGCAUCUUCAACAUGGCGCCCGGCUCCGAUUUUCCGGCGCAUUUCACCGCGUUCACCCUGGCUUUGCACGCUAACACCGUUUUAGCGGCGUCCUCCUUCGGUGUUCGCGAGACGAUCAUUCGCAACGCGAUGGCAUUCAAGUAUGCGAAUGCCGUGGCGCUCUUCUGCACCACCGCCAAGGCCAAGUCGAUGUUCUCGAGCCGAAAGGUUGCUGCUUUGAAGAAGUGUGCCGCGACUGUUCCGGUUCUCAUGAUGAACUUCUUGUUCAUGCAAGGCGCAUCGAUGGCCAAGUUUGCCGCCGCCGGCAUGAAGGGUCCUGGUAUCCUUGGUCCGGUCGCCGGUUUGAUCUUCCACCCGCUCUUCGGCGUCACCUCCGCCAUGUUCUCCUUGGCGUACCUCUCUGGAUUCUCCGGCCGACGUGCGUCAAUUUUCCUCUUCUUUCAGUUCCUUAUCGUCACCAUCUCCAUCACGCCACAACUGGUUCAACCGUGGGGCCGCGCCAUGACCGCGCUCCAUCUCGGACAGCUCAUGGUUUUCGCGAACGAGUGCAUUCCAAAGGACUCUCUCAUCCCGCGCUUCUGA